AUAGGUGGCAAGCUAAUGAAAAAGUCAACAAAUAUGACAUCACACAGAAGCACCUUUUGGAUUGGCUAAACUGUGCGAAGCAGGAGGAGAGAGAAGGAGAACGGAGGCAGUUGCUGAGCAGCUUUGAAGGAUGGAAAUUUGUAGUCAUGGCCGUCAGAGCGUCCUUUGAGAAAAACAACGAGAUCGGCUGUUUCGCCAAACUGACCAACACCUACUGUUUGGUGGCGAUAGGAGGAUCUGAGAACUUCUACAGUGUGUUUGAAGGUGAGCUGUCAGAAACCAUCCCAGUGGUUCACGCCUCCAUCGCAGGCUGUCGCAUCAUCGGGAGGAUGUGUGUGGGGAACCGUCAUGGUCUUUUGGUUCCCAACAACACCACAGAUCAGGAGCUGCAGCACAUCAGGAACUGUCUGCCUGAGAGUGUGAAGCUACAGAGGGUGGAGGAGAGAUUGUCGGCACUAGGAAACGUCAUCGCCUGCAACGACUACGUAGCACUGGUCCAUCCAGACCUGGACAGAGAAACAGAGGAAAUCCUGGCAGACACGCUGCAGGUGGAGGUCUUCAGACAGACCAUAGCCGAGCAGGUUCUGGUCGGUUCCUACUGUGCCUUCAGUAACCAGGGGGGACUGGUUCAUCCAAAGACCUCCAUAGAAGACCAGGACGAGCUGUCGUCUCUGCUGCAGGUCCCCCUGGUGGCUGGCACCGUGAACCGGGGCAGUGAGGUCAUCGCCGCGGGAAUGGUGGUGAAUGACUGGUGCGCGUUCUGCGGUCUGGACACCACAAGCACAGAGAUGUCCGUCAUCGAGAGUGUCUUCAGACUGGGCGAUGCCGCACAGCCGUCGGCCAUUGCAACCAGCAUGAGGGACUCCCUGAUUGACAGCAUGGCCUAAACUGCUCCUCCUCCUCCUCCUGCUGCUCCUCCAUCCGUGGUUCCUCAGCUCUGCCUCGCCCGAUCUUUCCCCUGAAUGUUCUGCUGGAUGCCAUGUCUCCAUUCGCUCCAUCAGUCGAGCUCCAGCUUUUCAAACCAAACAAGUCAUCUUCUCAAUCCUCUCAGUUACCCGAGAGCCCCAGUGGUUGAGGUAUAGAAUGGUCACAUGACCUUUACCUGAGGCCCAGCUUUUAAUAAUCAAUAAAAAAGAAGCGCUAAACCGGUGAACUUUUUUUUUUUUAACCCUCGCAUACAAGGAUUAAAGAUGAAUCAAAGUCGAAGCUGCCUGUUUCUUCAGCUGCUUCAAAUGGAAGCCUUUACACGUUGAAGCAACAGCUCCCUCUUCAGACUGGGAGUGGCUAAAUUUGUUUAACUUUUCGUCUCUGUAAUUUAAAGUCAGUCUGUGUAAAAAAAAAAAACUGAAGAUGUGAUUUAAGAAACUGGACUUGAUCCAACAGUCAAACACUCACACACAGUAUUGUGACUAUGAUGGACCUGAAUGACUCAGACUGUACAAUAAAAAUCAUUCUCCUUA